AUGUCGUCUCUUCCAGUUGUUGUUGUCAUGUACACCCGUAAGAAAACAGAAAAAUGUGCAAAGCCUAAACUUGCGAAAAGUGGUUCUGCACAGCUUUGUCUUGCCAUAGAUGAGCGCUUCCUUGGGUUUUACGCACUCUACGCACCAGCCUUCCUGGUGUUCGACCCGGAUCUGAUUCGCGACGUUCUGGUCAAGGACUUCGACGCCUUCCAGGACAGGUGCAUACCGUUCGAUGACAGCGAACCGCUCAACCAACACCUGCUGUUUCUCAACGGCAGCAAGUGGAAGAGGCUGCGCUCCAAGCUGACCCCGGCGUUCACCUCGGGGAAGUUAAAAAUGAUGUUCGAGACGAUAGACAGAUGCGGCCGUGAGAUGGUGGAAGUCCUGGAUGAUGCAGCGAGGAGCGAGAAAGUUGUAGAGAUUCGCGACGUUUCGGCUAGGUUCACGAUAGAUGUCAUCGGGAGCGUCGCCUUUGGCGUCAAGUGCAACUGCCAGCGCGAUCCGGACGCUGAGUUUCGGGUGUGGGGCCGCAAACUGUUCGAGUUCUACACAUCGGACAGGGUGGAACAGCUGUUACUUGCUGUCCAUCCACCUACUGCGAAACUCUUCAGGGCGAUUGUAGGCAGAAAGGAAGUUCUCAAGUACUUCGAGGAUAUGGUGAGGGAUACAGUGAACUACCGGGAGAGUAACAACGUGGAGCGCAAUGACUUCAUGCACAUGCUGAUACAGCUCAAGAACAGAGGCUUCAUGGAUGACGAGAACGAGUUGGCAUCUCAGGCCGUGCUAUUCUUCUCGGCGGGCUUCGAGACGUCGUCGACGACGAUGAGCUACGCGCUGUACGAGCUGGCCCUCAACCCGGAGGUGCAGCGGCGGCUCCACCAGGAGGUGGACGAAACCCUGCAGAGGACGGGCGGCCGCUUCACGUACGACGCCGUCAUGGGGAUGCCCUACCUCGACAAGGUCAUCUCAGAAACCUUGAGGAAGUAUCCGCCGGUGGCGUUCCUCCCAAGGAAGACCACCCGCCCGUACCAGAUCCCGGGUAGCAAGGUGGUGAUUGACAACGACAUGGCGGUCAUCGUUCCCAACUACGCACUGCACCACGACCCCAGGUACUUCCCUGACCCGGAGCGUUUUGACCCCGAGCGCUUCUCAGAGGAGGAGAAGACCAAGAGGCACCCGUACGUGUACCUGCCGUUCGGUGAGGGGCCACGCAAUUGCGUAGGCAUGAGACUGGGCCUCCUGCAGUCUAAAAUCGGCCUCGCUCAUCUGAUGUCAAAGAUUGAAUUCCAGAAAUGCGAUGAGACUAAAAUUCCAAUCGAAUUCGAUCCACUAACCAUAGUGUUCAUGCCCGCAACUGGGAUUCACCUUCGAGCGAAGAAGAGAUCUGUGUGA